GUCAACGGGACGAGGGAGCUGUAAAGUCAAAGGUGGGUUUAAAGCUGAGGGGUAUCUAACUGAGACGAAGAUUCUCAUGCUCCUUAGCGACCCUGUCUUCUUCCCUUCAACCUCAUACACUUUAUUCCCCAUAAACAGUCCUGGGCAAAGCUUCCUUUGAAGUGGCCCAGGACUGGACUGUUUCCCACUUUUUUCCAUUUCCCAAACAAAAGAAGCCGGGUCUCCCGCGCGCUAAGCAGGAGGCCUGCACCGCCUGACCCUUGCCAGGCAGCGAGUCGUGUAGAGCGUCCAGUCAACAUGCCUCCUUUUACCAUUCGGACGACUACGGUCUUUCAGCACCCUCAUCAGAGAAUCCCGAGUAUUCUCAUUUCAGUGGAUGUCGUCCCACCUCCCACUAGUUCCUCGGUUUUUUCGGAAAAUGAGAGUGCCGACGUCGCCCAUUCAGGAUUAGGAGUACCGUUCCGUGCUCAACAAGAAGAACACUCAGGCUACGGCCGCUUUGAUACCAAUAACCUUCCUCACUCUCCAAUACCGGAUUCUGCUCACCCUUGGGAUGAGGUUCAGCAGCAGUCCUUCGGCCCAACCUCCGCCGAAACGAUACCGAAAUCUCACCAGAGCAGCACUUCUCGCCACCGCUGUGAUAUUUGCAAGAAUAGCUUCGCUAGCAACACUGGCCUAAAGCGUCAUGUUGAGACCACGCAUGAGUAUGGUCGGACCUAUUGGGUUUGUACUGUGAAAAGUUGUGGGAAAUAUGAUAGACCAGUCUUUCGGAGGGACAACUUUAGGCGGCAUUGCAAGACGAAGCAUCCAACGGUGGAUCUGGAACAAUUUGGUCUCUGAAUAUGGCCACAUUUGCUUUUCUUUUAGCCAGGGACGUUAUCGUGUAGGAUUGUUUAGGAUCGAAGGUCUUCACGAUGUCUUGUCCCUACGUUAGAGGAGGUGGAUCGCCACUGCGGAUCAUUGCGUGCAGUAUCUCCGAAUCAUCUAGCCUAAGACCGAUGAUCGUCGGGUUCACGAAACGCAGCGACCGCAGGGUUCUCUUAGACCAAUGACAAGAUAUGAUUACGUGUCCUAACAUGUCGAUUGCCCCUUUGAUAUGGCCAUCUUAACGAGACAGACAACGUACCGGACA